AUGAAUAUUCUGGAAUGGGCGUUCGGCAAGCGAAUGACGCCAGCGGAGCGUCUGCGCAAGAAUCAGCGCAUGCUUGAUAAGGCGAUUCGAGAAUUGGAUCAGGUCCGAACCAAGUUGGAGAAGCAGGAGAAGCAGUUGAUUACCCAGAUCAAGCAAAGUGCUCAGAAGGGACAGAUGGGCGCCUGCAAGAUCCAGGCCAAGGAUUUGGUCCGGACAAGAAGGCAAGGAGUCACAAAGCCGAUGGGUAUACGGCGCACAAACCGGCUAACUACAUACCGCACCAACGAACAAAUGAUGACGGCCAUGAAGGGCGCAACCCAAGCUCUUGGCACCAUGAACCGAUCGAUGAACCUCCCCGCUCUUCAGCGCAUCGCAAUGGAGUUUGAGCGCGAGAACGACAUUAUGGACCAGAGACAAGAGAUGAUGGACGACGUUAUGGAUGAUGCUAUGGAUGUUGGUGCCGAGGAGGAAGGCGAGGAAGUUGUCGAGCAAGUCCUGGAAGAGAUUGGAGUUGACUUGACAUCAGCGCUGGGCGAAACACCGUCCGGGAUGCAAACUGCAGCCGUCCCCGAAGGCAGAAUUGCCCAAGCAGUUGGAGGUGGUGGAGGUGGAGGUGCGGAUCCCGGCGACGACGACCUUCAGGCCCGCCUGGACAGUCUUCGGCGGUAA